AUGGCCAUAGUUGACCUCAGAAGGUGCUUCAAACUCUGGUAUGCUUUUGUGGUGCCUUUGCUACACAUGAGUCCUUCAAUAAAUGGAUACAUAGAGAGGGAAAGACAAGCCCUCCUUGCAUUCAAACAAGGCCUCGUCGUGGAUACCCGCAGUCAAAUAGUCUCUACAUGGGGCACCUCAGAAGGCCAAAACAAAGAUUGUUGCACGUGGAAAGGAGUCUAUUGCAGCAACCAAACUGGCCAGGUUGUUGAACUUCAGCUUGGAUCCCAAUCUUUGCAAGGUUCAGCUAUGGAUGUUUGGGGCAACAUGAGCUCUCUUGCAGUCUUUAAUCUCACUGAUAACCAACUUGAAGGAGACAUAACAAAUUCAUUUUCAGAGCUAUGCAGUUUGAGAUCAUUAGGGCUUUCAAACAAUAAUCUCAGUGGAGAAUUUCCCAAGUUUGUUCAGAUAUUGUCUAAAUGUUCUCAAAAGAAACUAGAAGGUUUGUAUCUCUCUAACAACCAAUUAAGUGGAGAAAUACCUGAAAGCAUUGGGCAAAUAUCAUCGUUGAUAGAAUUAUCUCUCUAUGGAAAUCAAUUAAGCAGAAGAAUACCUACAAGUAUUGGGCAAAUGCAAUUAUUGACACGAUUAUCUCUCUACGAAAAUCGAUUAAGCGGGAGAAUACCUGAAAGUAUUGGACAAAUGUCCAAUCUGGUGUACAUCAAUCUUGGUAAGAAUUCUCUGGAAGGGGUUUUGUCACAUACAGCUGUCCUUAUAAAUCUCUCCCACAACCAAAUUAGAGGAACAUUUCCAAGUUCAACAAUGGAGUUUGCUUAUUCCCCUAAGCUAAAUUUUAGUUGGAACCAACUGGAAGGUCCAAUUCCUUCAUUUCUGUCAAAAUCAUCAUCUCUAGAUCUAUCCAGCAACAAACUUUCCGGGUUCUUUUCUUUCUUGUGUGGAAUCAAGGCCAGUAAUUUAACCCUUCUUGAUCUCUCGGGCAACCAUGUAUCUGAAGAACUUCCAGAUUGCUGGACGCAUUUAGAAAAUCUAGUCAUUCUUGACUUUUGUGGCAAUGGUUUUUUGGGCAAAAUUCCUACCACCUUGGGGAAUUUAUAUUCUCUUGAAACCUUGAAAUUCAAACACAACAGAUUUGUGGGAGAGUUGCCUUCAUCCUUGAUGAACUGUAAACACUUGAAAGUUAUUGAUGCUGCAGAAAAUCAACUGUCAGGAUUGAUACCUGGAUGGUUAGGGUUUGAACUUCCGAAGUUGGUUAUCCUUAUCCUCCGUUCUAAUCGCUUUUAUGGAAGAAUUCCUUUACAGUUAUGCAAUCUAACACACGUCCAAAUAUUGGAUUUGUCAAUUAACAACAUCUCUGGAACUAUACCCAAGUGUCUCAGCAAUUUGACGGCUUUAGUUGAUAAAGGGCAUUCAAUUCUAACCAUCACUCAUCAUUAUGCAAGUGAUUUUGGAAAUGGGCUUUUUUCGGAGAGCUAUGAUGAUGCAGCAACCUUAAUAUGGAAAGGAAUAAUGUCUGAAUACAAGAGCACUCUGGGACUUGUGAAGAGCUUUUAUUUGUCAAGCAAUCAAUUGACGGGGGAGAUUCCUAAAGAAAUCAUUCAUCUUGGUGGUUUGGUUUCUUUAAACCUGUCGCGAAACCAACUAAUAGGUCAAAUAAAUCCAGACAUUGGGAAGUUGGAGUUAUUACAGUCUCUUGAUUUAUCAAGAAACCAGAUCGAUGGAAGAAUUCCGACAAGUCUUUUUCAGAUAUAUGGUCUUGGUGACUUGGACUUGUCAAACAACAACCUGUCUGGAAAUAUUCCAAUGGGGUCUCAGCUCCAAAACUUUGAUCCGUCAGCCUUUGCCGAAAACCCUCUGCUUUGUGGACUUCCACUUCAAAGGAUGUGUGAUCAAGAGAAAGAGAAAGGCAGUGUUCAACAAACUGGCUUAGGGAAUCAAGACCAUGAAGGUGGGCUUGUAACGCGUGGAUUUUACAUCAGUAUGGGGCUAGGAUUUGCUUUUGGAUUUUGGGGAGUUUCUGGCACAUUGAUGUUCCACGAGUCAGGCAGAUCCACAUAG